AUGACUGGGAUAUUAGAUCUGCCUUACGACCUGCUCUACAAGCUCUGUGACUAUCUGUCUGCUGUCGAUAUUGCCUCGCUCUUGAGCGCCAACAAAUUCCUCCACAAACAUUCUCGGGAUGAAUCCAUUUGGCGGCGGCUCUCAGCGCGAUGUGGGCUUCGAGAUACCACCUAUUUCUCUGAUCCAUCGUUUUACACUGCAUAUACACAGCUGCUCCACCGGUAUGGGCCUCUGAUUGGCCUGUGGGCAAGUGAUCUUCCGUUCAUGGGAUGCAUCGUGGAGUUCCGCAUCUUUCCUGGCGACGAGCGCGAAGAGGGCGGGAUUAUCGGCGAGAUGUGGGAGUUCCCGAAGAGACCGUCUGACGACGACAUGCCAUCGCCUCCGGUAUAUAUGCGGGUAUUCAAAAUCAGCAUGAAAUGCUAUAAUGAAGCCGACUCCUCCGACGUGCAAGCGUGCCUAUGUAUACAAUGCACACAUGGUCAUGACGCCGACCUUCGGAUGUACCCUCCAACUUACCAAAAUUACUUUCUCCACGACGAUGGCGAGGUGUACGCUCAUCCGGACUUUCCAAGCAGUGGGGCAGAUUGGUAUGACGCUGAACGCGGGCUUCCACUCCUCCCAGAAUCGGCUGUUUCAUGUACUGAUCAGUACCAAGGCAUCCGGAUGUUAAGCCUGCCCGCACAAAUCGUUCUGUUCACGUCACCCACAGAAUCCCGCAAGCCAGGCUCCAUCACUAUGGAAUGCACCACAUCUGAUUGGCUAUGCAUGCAGAGGCCACCUAGACACCCACCCGUGCCGUUCGACAUAUAUACGCCUACCGUGCCUCGAUACUUUCCACUGAAGUAUCUCGUGCAGAAAGGUGUCCACCCGAAUGACGACAGUUGGUCUAUGGGAACGCUUUCCGGACUCUGGCUGGGGUACUACAGCGAACAUACGACACAAUGUCUGUUCCUAUCGUGGCAUGAAGAGCUCAAAGAACUUCAUGCGUGCAAGAUCACCGGAGGCAGGUGCGUUCCGCGUGGGGCACGGACAUGGACGGUGCAAUCUGCUUUGCCGGACGACCCUGUACGUGCAGAAACUCUCGGCAUGGAUCCAAGGAUCCAUCGGAUAUUUCCUGGCACGGGUGUGGUGGGGGAUUUAGGAUUCCCAGUACCAAUCGACGUUAACAUUCUAGUCGGAAUAUUGGGACCAGAUGAGAUCCAGAUAUGGUGGGAAUGGGUGGAUGAUGGACUCGCGAUCCGAAAGUACACUCGCUAUACGGGACGACACAACUUUGAAAGCUCCCUCCAUUCGUCGUGA